AUAUAUAAACAAGGGAACGAGAAUUAUAUUGUGUCAAAAUGUAAACGUAAAUUGAUUCUUUGGUAUUCGAUAGUAGAAUUUUAUAAUAAAUCUCAUAAUGGCAUUCAAUAAGAGAGCUGGCUUAACAACAACGGACUUUGAAGUAUUUGGAAAAGUGCAAGGUGUGUAUUUCCGAAAAUAUACCCAGAAAAAGGCAAUAGAUCUUGGUCUUAAAGGGUGGGUUAUGAACACUGCUCAAGGCACUGUCAUUGGCCAACUGCAAGGUCAACAAGGCGCCAUUCAAGAUAUGAAGCAAUGGCUCCAAAAAAUUGGUAGUCCCAAAUCGAAAAUAGAGAAAGCUGAUUUUAGAAAUGAGGGGACGAUUAAUAGUUGUGCCUUCAGAACUUUUGAAAUAAGGCGAUAAUAUUCUAUUCAAAAAUGUUUUCUUAAUUUCGUAUUAAAAAUGUAUAAAA